GGGAAGUUGGGAACCAGGAGGAGUCAGAAGCGGCAUGACGGGAGAGGAGACGACACGCGGGGGGGAAGGGAGUCCGAUGCGGCACUGACGUCGGGCGCCCGUGCUAAACAAUGCGGGAACGGCGGCCCGUCGUCUUGCUUACAUCCGCCAGGAAGAUGGAUGAAUCCCACCUGAAGAGCAUUUCCUGAUCUCAUUUGAGGACGUCUGGAACCCAUCAAGCUGAACUAAACCUCCUCUUUCUCGUGGGCUGCACGGCGCUCCUCGUUUGUCCAGACUUAAACCUUGUGAAGUUGGACCGACUACGUUUAAAAAUAAAAAAACAUCCCAGCGAAGCUCGGUGAAGUCGGCGUGCAGUAAAUCAACACGGCGGCUCUUUUGAUUCCUUCAUCAUGACGCGGUGCAGCGGUGGACUGCGCGUUCCGGAGGGCUGGCUGACCUGUCAAUGUGCACCGUAGGAUUCUAUUUCUGGAGCCUCAUUGCUUUUACAGAUUAACCGCCUUCCAAUAUGGCCCCAAUCCGCCUGCAAAUUUGACUGAUGCUUGGGCGUAAUCAACCAGCAGCCAUCUGAGACACGCCAUCAAUCCACAUGGUUCCCAGUUGACUUUGGGUAAAAGGCAAACCAAAAAGGCAAACCAAAAAAACUGGAUUGGUCGAACCUGCACCUCAAAAAUCACAAAAUCUUACCCGUUACUUCUCUAUCAAUCAUCCAUCCCUGAUUUUCUAAACCUAGAUGGAAUGACGUAUCCUUUACAAUUCUAAAAUUGUGCAACCUUUUUUAUAGUAUUUAACAUUGAAACCACAGGCGUUUUUGAGCCUUGAACCUUAGUUCGCUGUCUCUCUGCAACUGUUCCAGACCAAAACUGCUUGGGCAUCCAAAAUCAAGAACGUUCAGAGACUUAUCCAUCCCAGAAUUCUGAAGGACUGAUACUAUACUAUCAUUCCAAAACAACCACACCCAUUUAGAAAUGUCUUCCCUAAUCUUUAAAACUUGUAUUUACAACCAUUUAUGACUCUUUUACCUUAGUUUGCGGUCAAUGCACAGCUGUUCUAGAACAAAACCUUUUUUCGAACCGUUUUCGGGAAGGACUGAUGGGAAAAUCCUACACCCUGGAUUGGUCACAAUAAGACAGACAACAAACCUGAGCAUUUUAAAUCAAGAAAACUCAAGUCGGAUUCAUUAGUUUAUGAUUAUUCCUCAACUCUCAUUGCCACCCAGAACUUUUUUCUAAUCCUUGACGGGAAGGAUUAAUAGGAUAAUCCUACAACCCAGACUGGUCGUCAGGCAGAGUCAGACGACAAAGCAGCACCUUGAAAUCACCCCGGCUUUCUGCAACGGUUGGAAUUUCUUUUUCCAUCCUUGACACCCAUUUGGUCAUCAGCUAAGACAAUCAGAUUUUUGGUGAACUCGAGAACUACCAGUGACCUGGAAACAACAAUACUGUUCCGUUAGGAUUGGAUUUUUCGUUAGUCAUCCAUCGUCGGAAAGUUUCUUGAACUAAAAAAAACACGGAUCGAAGGCUUCGGGACUCUUAACCCACGAGGGACAUAGCGUGUGUUGUUGUUUUCGGCGACCGAGCUUUUACAGAGAGAGAAAUCAUAGAAUUGGAUUAAAGAUGGAUUAUCGCUGAAACACUAGCAGCCGGCAAAGCAUCUAAUCCCAUUGUGCGGUCCUCGGGGGGGGGCGAGUCCGAUUUUGCAGAUUACAUUUUAGGCGCGGAUGCCAGUCGAAGCCAGCCAUGAUGGAGAACCGAGACGAGCUGGAGCACCCUCUACUGGGCGAAAACCCACCUUCGGGACCGGCUCCCGGGGGAGUCUUCAAGGGAAUGCUGGUCAAAUGCGAGGAGGACAUGGCUUACCCUCCUAUGGCGUGGAGGGGAUACUGCGGUCACCCUCCGGACGUUCAGCAGCCGCAUCAACUUCUGGAUCCGUGUUCCUUGCCCCGCACCUUUGAGUCCUUCUACCCGGCCGCGCCCAUCUGGAGCCACGGGGACUCGCUUCUCAGCAAGGACUACCUGGAGACCACCUUUGUGGACAUCGGGCCAGGAUCUACGCUAGAACGGAAGCUGCUGGCGGAGGCGCACGGAGACUUCCACAGUGCCUCCUACAGCAUGGAUGAUGAAGAUGACCUGCUACCCGACUCAGAUGAUUCGUCCAUGGAAGACUUUAGCGAUAGCGACAGCGAGAGCAACUUCCCCCUGAUGAUCCCUCAGGACUACCUGGGCCUGGCCUUCUUCUCCAUGCUCUGCUGCUUCUGGCCCCUCGGCAUCGCCGCCUUCUACCUCUCGCAGAAGACCAACAAGGCUUCAGCCGAGGGUGACCUUCAAGGGGCCAACGCGGCAUCCCGCCAGGCCCUGUGGCUCUCAGUGCUCUCCAUUGUGUUCGGCAUCAUCACUUACAUCUGCGCCAUCGCCGCCCUCAUUUCCUACCUGUCUGCUAAACCACCUUAAAAAAACGGCUGCAAUUCAAUGCAAACGGAAAAUGGACCUUGCGCACAUGCCAUCAACUGGUACUUGUAAACAUAUUCCAAUUUCAGCGCAUCAGCUCUUCUACUUUUCAUUAUCAUCAAUUGGUCUUUUGCUAAGUCAAAAGCCCUGGUCAGGGGGCGUGGCUUAGUGCAUUCCCAGCUAUUCUUUUAUCUAACCUUAGUCGAAUUGCGCUUGAUCUAUCCAACUGCAGCUCCCUUGCUACCCUUUGUAUUCUCCUUAACUGUACCAAAGUUAGAAGAGAAACACACUGUAGAUAUCAUCGUCACUGUUAAGAACAACUCGAAAUAGAAGUGGAAAAUGGUGGACCUCACCGUGGGCUGGUGAAGUUGAAAAACCACACCACAACUCAAUUCUUGAAAAAUUUUUUUUCGUAUCGUUAUGAUACUGUGGUACAUAUGCAGAAUAUCUUGCGCGCUUGAGUUAGUAUCGUAUCUACUGUGAAUGCCACCCUAAUGAAUUUGCAAAUAUCCCCGUUUUUGCAGUGGAAAUAUUAUCUUACUUGCAGCUAUUAGCAUAUUUUUGUGAAGUUUUAACUCAUUCACUGCUAUUGAUAGAUGAAUGGGACGACUCAUUGGCUGCUUCUGCAAUUAAUCUCAGUUCAUUUUGGUUAAUCUAACAAAUGAUCAAUUGAUUGGGUUUUUUUGUUGUUUUUUUUUAACUCCAGAGUCCAAUCAACACCACAAAAUAAGCAAAAAAAAAUUUUUUUUGCUUCUGCAAUUAAUCUCAUGUUUUUUUUUUAUCUUUCGGAAAAUAACUAUAACAGAUUUCCUUGAGUCAAUACCAGAAAAUUGGGCAAAAAAAAUAAUCUCGUUGGCUGUUUUGCAGUUAAUCUCAACUAAUCAUUAUCAUCCCCUAACCCAUCUAGCAAUAUAUAUAUAUUUUUUUAACUUCAGAACAUGUAACAGAUUUACUUGAGUCAAAUAAAUGCCAUAAAUUCAGUCGCCAUAAAUGUACUUGAGUCAAAUCAAUGCCAUAAAUUUAGGGUUUCCAAAUUUCCAAAUGUAACUACUAGAUUGGCUGAAAUACUCAUUGGCUGCUUCUGCAAUUACAGAAUGAUUAAUCUAGCAAUAGAUUCAUUUUAUUAAAUAUUUUUUUAAACUUCAGAACAUAACUUCUAACAGAUUUACUUGAGUCAGAUCAACACCAAAAAUCUAUUACUGGAUUAAUCUUAUUAAAUGUUUUUUUUUUUUAACUUUAGAACUUGCAACAGAUUUACUUGAGUCAAAUCAACACCAAAAAUGUAAGACUGAAAAGAGUAACUCACUGGCUGCUUUUGCAAUUCAUCUCAAAUACUUACGAUUAAUCUAGCAAUCCAUUAAUAUGAUUUUUUUUUUUCAAAUUCAGACCAAAAUUUGGAACAGAUUUACUUGAGUCAAAUAAAUGCCUAAAAAUUAGGCUAAAAAGAUAAACUCAUUGGCUGCUUCUGCAAUUAAUAGCAAUCAUUAUUAAUCUGUUACUAGAUUAAUUUUAUUAAAUGUUUUUCUUUUUAACUUCAGAACUUGCAACAGAUAAAAAAAAAAAAAAAUCAAUACCAAAUCAAAUCAAUACCAAAAUGUAAGACUGAGAAGAUUAAUUGUAAAAGCAGCCAGUGAGUUAAUCUAAAAUAUUAACGAUUAAUCCAGCAAUCGAUUAAUACGAUUUUUUUUUUCAAAUUCAGACCAAAAUUUGUAACAAAUUUAUUUGUGUGAAAUCAAUGCCAAAAAUUAGGCUAAAAAGAUGAACUCAUUGGCUGAUUCUGUAAUUAAUAGCAGUCAUGAUUAAUAUAUUACUGGAUUAAUCUUAUUAAAGGUUUUUCUUUUUAAACUUCAGAACUUGCAACAGAUUUACUUGAGUCAAAUCAACGCCAAAAAUGUACGACUGAAAAGAUUAACUCACUGGCUGCAUUUGCAAUUAAUCUCAAAUAAUUACGGUUAAUCUAGCAAUAUAUUAAUAUCUUUUUUUUUUUUUUAUUCAGACCAAAGCUUGUAAUAAAACGAGUCAAAUCAACACAAAGAAAUAAGAUAAAAAUGGCUAACACAAUGGCUGUCACUGACGACGAUAGAUGUCGAAACCCUUUUGACUCGGUCGUUCGCUGCCAUCCUCUCCCAGUCCUAAUGGAUCGGACAUCUAUUGCUGCUAACGGCAGCCGAAGAGUUAAGUGUACAAUAAAGUAUCACACGUCACUUUCUCACCAGAUGCUAACUCGAGUGCUCAGGUUAAAAGGUAUCAUCACCCUUCAAUUCAGGACAUUUUUGGAUUGAAUUUGAAGAUUUUUUAAAUGAAACGAGAGGACGCUGUCGUAAAAAGUGCCAAAAGAGACUGCAUGGGGGAGUUUUGCUACAUGAUGUACAAUGAGAAUUCCUUUGGCAAUUCUAAAGACGAAAAGGUGUCCAGCAUGAAUCCCUCACCUGACUUGGCUUGAGCUUCAGCGUGCCAUUAACGUAAGCCAGUGACUAUUUUAAGGGAAAAGUCCACAUUUUCUAAGUAGGUGUAGUUUUUUUUCUUUUUUCAAAUAAUAGAGUGCACUGAUGAAUAGCAAACACAAUACAAAAACUGUGAGUGAAGUGCCAACCUUCCCACUAUGCUCCUCCGCCGUUUUUUCGAGUCGUUUCUCUGUCACGUGGACUUCUCCGGUCUCAAGUUCUUCUGUUUAUUGUACAUAAAGUGGAAGGAAAAAUCAGUGAAUCCAAAUCAAUAAAAAAUGCACUGCUUUGAAAGACGGAGUCGGCUUCUUUUUAUGUUUUAGAUGAAGAACCCUACCUCUUGAGUUGACCUCUUUCAUCUUACUUGCACCAUUGCAUCCCUUUUAUCCUAAUAAAGCACAACGCACACUACACAAACAAACUUGGAACAUAAAUGGCCUGGAAGUGAACUGAAGCAGAGGAGGUCCAAAGUGGCUGAUUAAUAUUUUAUUAGAAAAAUUGGUCUUUGUGCGUUGAGUUAAAAAAACACAAAAAAAAGAUCAGACGCUUUUGGAGUAGCGCCGCCUGAGAGACUCUCUGUGGAAGCUGAAGA